AGACAGGUGCCACCACAGACUCCUGGAACCACCGAGCAGGCGGACCCUCCGUGACCCUCGGUGUCCCCCACCAGUCCCUCUGCAGCCUAAUCUGGAGGACUGGACAUCGCCUGUCCUGGGCUGCCCACAAUGGCCUUCCUGACACACCUGCUGGUCUGCGUCUUCGGCAUGGGCUCCUGGGUGGCCAUCAAUGGGCUCUGGGUAGAGCUGCCCCUGCUGGUGACUGAGUUGCCCGAGGCCUGGUACCUGCCCUCUUACCUCACUGUGGUCAUCCAGCUGGCCAACAUAGGCCCCCUCCUAGUCACCCUGAUGCAUCGCUUCCGACCCGGCUGCCUGUCUGAGGUGCCCGUGAUCUUCCUUAUCCUGUGCAUAGGCACGGCUGCCUGCAUCCUCCUAGCCUUCCUGUGGAACAUGACCUCCUGGAUACAGGGUAGCCAGCAUAGUGUGGCCUUCAUCGUCCUCACCUUCUUCCUGGCCCUGGUGGACUGCACCUCCUCUGUCACCUUCUUGCCCUUCAUGAGCCAGCUGCCCACGUACUAUCUUACCACCUUCUUCAUAGGCGAGGGGCUCAGCGGCCUCCUGCCUGCCCUGGUGGCCCUUGUCCAAGGCUCCGGUAUCACCACCUGUGUCAAUGCCACGGAGACACCAGGUACCACCUUGAACCCUGUGACCACUGUGGAGACUGCCAUCACUCAGGGAACCCUUAGCCCUUCCCUGCCGCCCCACACCUGGCACCUGGAGAGCCGCUACCUGGCCCCUCGCUUCUCGCCACUGCUGUUCUUCUUAGUGCUAUCCUUCCUGACAGGCAGCUGCCUGGUCGCCUUCUUCCUCCUGCAGCGGCAGCCCUGGGGACGGCAAGGCUCCAUAGAGGACCUCCUCCACUCCCAGGUCACACUGCACUCCAUCAGGCCUCGAGACACAGAGGACACCAGUUCCCUGGGCGCCCCUGUGAGCAGCCCGGGCAAGGGAUCAGUGGAAGCCAGCGUAGCCUCCCUCCGCCCAGCCCAGCUGGCCUUCAUCUACUCUGUGGUAGCCUUUGUCAAUGCACUCACCAAUGGCGUUCUGCCCUCGGUGCAGACCUACUCCUGCCUGCCUUACGGGCCUGUUGCCUACCACCUGUCUGCCACCCUCAGCUCCGUGGCCAGCCCCCUUGCCUGCUUCCUCCCCAUCUUCCUGCCUAACAGGUCACUGUUAUUCCUGGGGCUGCUCACAGUGCUGGGGACCGGCUUUGGGGCCUACAAUAUGGCCAUGGCUGCUAUGAGCCCCUGCCCUGUCCUGCAGGGUCAUUGGGGUGGAGAAGUCCUUAUUGUGCUCUCCUGGGUGCUGUUUGCAGCCUGUCUCAGCUAUGUCAAGGUGAUGCUGGGUGUGAUCUUGCGUGACCGGAGUCGCAGUGCCCUCUUGUGGUGUGGGGCAGCAGUGCAGCUGGGCUCUCUGAUUGGUGCCCUGCUCAUGUUCCCACUGGUUAAUGUACUGAAACUCUUCUCAUCUGCUGACUACUGCAACCUGGACUGCUCUGUCUAGGCUCACUUGGCCUCCACAGGACACCAGGUACCCCAUCACUGAAGUUAAAAGCCAGAAGAGCCCAGAGACACAAAGGGUAAUAACCCUUUGCUCCAUUCCCUAUCCCCACCCCCCAACCUCCAACCCCAACCUCCAACCUCCACCUCAACCUUGCAUGGUCAUAGAUCUGGGUCUGGGGAGUAGGAAGGCCAGGCCUGAGCUUUUUAACACAAAGGCCUCCUCCCAACCUGAAGUUGCACAGCACAGCCCCUCCCCCAACACUAUGUCCCAGUGCUUAUAAGCCCCAGUUGCAGACUUCAGAGACAUCUGCUUUGUAACAUUCAGUUGGAGGCAGCCUAAGGGUAUUAGGGGAAGACCCCUGGAACAUUUAGCUGCCUCUUGCUUACUGUGAGAACUUGGGGAAGUCUCUUGAUUCUCUAGGUCUCUGUUUGCUCACUAAAGUAGGGUCGUAGUAAACGGCCUUUAAUACAGCCUGGAAGUGAUCAGAGGACUUGGGAGGGACCCUGCCUCCAUCCCUUUUCUUUAUCCCAAGCCUGUUGCUCCUGGGUCCCCAGUACAGCCCUCUGCCUUCCCUGCCUAGCAGGAUGGUGAGACCCUGAGAUGAGUUGAAGGGGACCCUGCGUCUGAGUGAACCCCACCAGGACACAUAGUGGGCAGUGAGAACCUCUAAGGGGGUGGCUCAGGCAGGAUGACUUUCGUCUGUAAUUACUAUUUUGUUUUGCAUUUUGUUCCUUUUUAUAAAAAUUAAAGUUGUCUAUGCUUUUACCC